UUCCUACCAAACCCCAUUUGUCAGUUGUGAAGAACAGACCUGAAGUUCUUCAGACACUUGUUUCAUCAAGUUUUUUGUUUUUGUUUUCCAUUUUUUCUUCUGAGGAUUUUGUGUUUUCCUCAUCUGGGUUCUUCUCAUCUUUCUUGGUAAAAUUGAAAGAGUUUUUACUCAAUGGAUGUUCUGCAUUUCGUCUUCGGAGUCUUUGGGAAUGUUUUUGCUCUGUUUCUCUUCUUGGCACCAACGAUUACUUUUAAGAGAAUCGUAACGAAGAAGUCCACAGAACAAUUCUCAGGCAUUCCGUACGUCAUGACUUUGCUCAAUUGCCUCCUCUCCGCUUGGUAUGGACUGCCGUUCGUGUCCCCAAACAACAUAUUGGUAUCAACGAUCAACGGCACAGGAGCAGUGAUCGAGACGGUAUACGUGUUGGUGUUCAUCAUAUAUUCUCCGAAGAGAGAGAAACUCAAAAUAUCAGGCCUCUUUGCUUUCGUUAUCACUGUUUUCGCAAUUGUGGCUUUGGUCUCACUUUUCGCCUUGCAUGGCAAAGGGAGAAAACUCUUGUGUGGCCUCGCCGCCACUAUUUUCUCCAUCGUCAUGUACGCCUCGCCUCUAUCAAUCAUGAGAACGGUGAUUAAGACGAAAAGCGUGGAAUUCAUGCCUUUUUUCUUGUCUUUGUUUGUCUUUUUGUGUGGUACUUCCUGGUUCAUCUUUGGCCUGCUUGGCCGUGACCCUUUCAUUAUAGUGCCAAACGGUUUCGGCUGUGGCCUUGGAGCAACACAGCUUGUUUUGUACUUCAUUUACCGGGACAGAGGGUCCAAGAAGCCCACUCCAGAAGAAUCGAUAGAGAUGGGCCUUUCAAAGCCCAAUCAAAAUAACAAGCAGUUGAAUGCAAAUGGGGUCUAAGAUGGGCCCACCUCCUCGGGACAAGUGUUGGAUUCUAACUGAACCACGCGGCCCAAGCUACGCUCUCAGUCUUAUCACCACUUCUUCUCCACUUGAUCAUCAUUUCAAAAUUGGCUUCGACUAAUCGAAAGCAAACGAAGGAUGUUUUCGGUGAAUCUUUUAAGCUCUUUUUUUGAGUGGUUAAGAACUCGUGUUUCUUUUUUGCUUAUUAUGUGAGUUUUGUUCUCUUGUUUGUUUGUUGUAUCGUAAUCGUAUCAUAUAUGUUUUACGUGCAUAAAAAUUCAAGAAUGCUCUAACAGAGCUCUCUUGAAUUUGUGGGGAAAA